AUGGAUCUUCCGAAACCAUUCCCUAUUCUCCGUCUACCGUUUCUUGCAAUUGAAGAAGUUUUCAAAGCGAUGCACCCGUUUGAAAUAAUCAACUUCUCGAUGAUUAGCAAGCGGUCAAAAGGGAUAACAAUGCAGAUGAGCGUCUGUCCGAGAUAUUCGAUAGAACUUCAUAUACAUGAAACGCUGGAAAUCAGGUUUCUUGGAACAAAGAGUGAGAUCUCAUGCUCUUAUGUCAUGACAUCAAAUAAAGAAAUGGAUGGGAGAGUUGUAGAGACUGACUGUGGCCGGCACCUUAAUCGGAAUGUAUUCAAAUAUUUGGAUUACUCGGUGAAUGAAUGGAAACAGUUGUGUCAACACGUACUGGAAAUAUUCAAAAAGCAGACAAUCGACGUUUUGGAAAUGACAAUGGAUGCAUUUGUAGAUCACAACGUUUCGAUUAUUGAUUUUUUGAAUACUAAUGUGAAAUCAGUGGACAAAUGCAGUCUAUAUCAACAAGAUAAAAAGAUCAAUGUAGAUAAGCAUACCGCUUAUCUCCUCGAUAAUAUAACAAUUAAUUCUGAGUUUCACUCCAAUGUUUACUAUGAGAACGAGAAGUUCCAUGGGAAACUUUUAAAAAAACUAAAAAAGUUAUCUAUCUACAACUCGAAAUGGGUUAGAUUUGAUAGACUGAUGGAAAUAGAUUGUAAAAGUGUGAUUCUGGGAAAAAACUUGAUCUGGGAUAUGGAAUGGAAUGUAUUCCUCCAGAAAUGGAUUGCAAUGGAAACGAAUCAAAAUCUGGAAUAUUUGGAACUCGAUCAUAGAGAACUAAAUGUAUUCAGACAUCAUGUGUUGUAUGGUAUACCGCAUGAAGUAGUGGAUAGAGGAGUCAAACGAGUAUUGAAAACCAGACGCAGUAAAACUAAAAAAAUAAGAGGAGGGAUCGAUAUCAGACGAAUCGAUGGAAAGACUGCCACAUUCUUCGUUCACCGAGUGUCGUCGGUGAAGCGUUUCGCCAUGAGUAUUCAUUAA